AUGCAGGAUAGAUUGAGAGAAAUUGAGGGCACGCUUGCCCGAUCAAAGGAACGUAAAAAUACAAUCCUGUACAAACUAUCAAAGCGGCGACAAGAAGAAGAACGGCUUGCAAAGCUGGGUGUGGAAAGGCUUCCGACAAAUCCGAGGGAAGUGGAUGAUGAAAAGGUCAUUAAAUAUGUCCUCUUCAGACUGAAGCAGGAAAUCGGCGACAAAACGGCACAGCUGCGAGACCCAAAACUGCUUAGCAUUGACAAGGACGGUGAGGGUGUUAUUCGAGCAAAAAAUGAUGAAGUAAAUAAACUGCUUUCUCGCAAGUGUCAGUGGGAAGCGCGGCUAUCCUUUCUCGCCGGUGAGCCAACUCUGCCGCGCUUACGCAAGAAGACUUUUUUCGGUUGCGCAAAAGAGCUUCCUGAGGCUUUGGUCACACGAAAGCGUCAGCGUGUAGAGGGGGAGCAGGAGGUGGGAGAAAACGAGGUAGCGAAUAGCUCCGAUGAAGAUGAACUAAUCGCAGACCAAGCAGAAACUGAACAGCCUGCAACGCGAGAUCAAGACUACCUGGAGAGAGUAGCGUGGCUGGGAACAAGUGCAGCAGAUUUGGAGUUGGCUCGGUUCGAGCGUGAGUCGGAGGCGAAAAUGCGCACAAAGGGGAAUGUAACUGCACCUCGACCUGGCACAAGUGAUCUAAUACUCUCGUACUGCAAAGAUGGAAAACUCAUGAUUCCAGACGAGGAGCACUUUAAGAGAAAGCUAGUAAACAAUCGCAAAAAAGCACUCCAGGAGCGCUUGACUGCCCUUCGCAACAAAAGCUGA